AUGGCGUCCUCUCCCUCCGCCUUCUUCCCUCCGAAUUUCCUCCUCCACAUGCAGCAAGCACCGCCGCAGCAUGACCCCUCCCAAGAACACCACCAGCAGCACCACCACCACCACCACCGUCUGUCGCCAAUGCUGGGGAAGCGCCCGGCGAUGUACGGGGGCGGCGGCGACGGGGGCUGCGGCGGCGACGAGGUGACGGGCGGAGGCGGCGGCGGGGGCGCGAACGAGGAGGAGACGUCGGACGACGGGUCGCAGCUGGGCGGCGAGAAGAAGCGGCGGCUGAACGUGGAGCAGGUGCGGACGCUGGAGAAGAACUUCGAGGUGGCCAACAAGCUGGAGCCGGAGCGCAAGAUGCAGCUGGCCCGCGCGCUGGGGCUGCAGCCCCGGCAGGUGGCCAUCUGGUUCCAGAACCGCCGCGCCCGGUGGAAGACAAAGCAGCUGGAGAAGGACUACGACGUGCUCAAGCGCCAGUUCGACGCCGUCAAGGCCGAGAACGACGCCCUCCUCUCCCACAACAAGAAGCUCCAGUCCGAGUGCUUGCAGAAAGGUUGUUGGAAGCGGCGCCCAUGCCCACGCCUUUCCAUCUACACCUGCGAAAUCGUCAUCGUUGAGCUGAGCAGGCACAGUAGCUUUUCGGAAAGGCCCAGCAGAAUAUGGCAGCGUCCGCAGCAGAUACUGGGACUGAAGGGCUGCAGGGAGGCGGCGUCGGAGCUGAUCAACCUCAACAAGGAGACGGAGGCGUCCUGCAGCAACCGCAGCGAGAACAGCUCCGAGAUCAACCUCGACAUCUCGCGCACGCCGCCGUCCGACGGCCCCAUGGACGCUCCGCCGUCGCACCAGCAGGGGGGCGGCAGCGGCGGGGGAAUGAUCCCCUUCUACCCCUCCGUCGCACGCCCAUCCGCCGGCGUCGACAUCGACCAUCUCCUCCACGCCUCCGUCCCCAAGAUGGAGCACCACCACGGCGGCCCCGACACGGCCAGCUUCGGCAACCUCCUCUGCGGCGUCGACGAGCCGCCGCCGUUCUGGCCGUGGGCGGACCACCAGCAGUUCAACUGA